CCCUGCCUCGCUCCCUCACCAGCCGCGGACUUGGGUCACUCCUCAGAGCACGCUCCCAACGUCAGGGUUUUUCCUGCCACCCCAGUCCACCCCAUGGGUUCACUCUCUCCAGCCUCUGGGCUCCUUGGGUGUGGGGAGUCAAACCAGACCGACCCUGCGGAGCCGUGCAGACCCUGAGGCCCCUCUUGAAGGCAGAAGCACCUCGGCAGGAAGCUUAGGCCCCAGAGGAGACAGUGGGGUGAGAACCCUGUACCAGCUCAGGCCAGCACCCCGCCCAGGGCACCAGGAAUGCUCGAGUCGUUGGAGAAAGCCCUGGGCCCCAGAUGGCUGGACACCGCAGUCCCUCCCUCGUACCUGCUGGGGGCUGAGGCCCCAGCUGCUGCUGGUGGUGACCUCCAGGCGCUGCUGCUCUCUCCUGCUGCUGCUCUCUCCUGCCGGCUGCUCUCCCUCCUACUCCCCGGCCCCAGUGAGGGAAGGUGUGGUGUUUGGGAAGAGGAAGAUGACAGAGCAGCCCUGUGGACCUUCAUAGCUCGCAACCAGAAAGCUCCGUGCCUCCUGUCUAGCGUGUCUGCGCGUGAGCCGGCCCCCGGCCUGGACACCCUUUUGGUGCCACUGUGGCAUCUCUUGGGACUGUUUUUCUUUCUCAGCAGACUUUUCUGGGACAAGAAUGCCUUUGUCUUGCUGGGCCGCCUGCCUGGCCUGCCUCGGUGCUGCUAAGUAAUGGCGCGCCUUCUUUCAGGAAACGCGUCAGCCUCUUUUCUGAGGAAAUUGUGUGUGUAGUUGCAGUUUGAAGUCAGCGCUUAGCAUUUGCCGUGUAAAAUAGGAACCGUUCACUCUCCAAGUCCUGAGCCACUUUGAGCAUGAUGAACACUACGGACUCGCGCAGGGCUUCAUCUCCAGGGCUCGUGGGCUGACAUCCCCGCAGACCCAGCUCCUGAACCCCAGGUUGAAAGGAACUCUGAACAUCCUGAUGUCCUAUGACCAUGUGGAACUUACCUUUAAUGACAUGAAGAAUGUGCCCGAGGCCUUCAAAGGGACCAAGAAAGGCACUGUCUACCUUACCCCUUACCGGGUCAUCUUUCUGUCUAAGGGGAAGGACGCCAUGCAGUCGUUCAUGAUGCCCUUCUACCUGAUGAAGGACUGUGAGAUCAAGCAGCCUGUGUUCGGCGCCAACUACGUCAAGGGGACAGUGAAGGCCGAAGCAGGAGGCGGCUGGGAAGGCUCCGCGUCUUACAAGUUGACCUUUACGGCAGGGGGCGCCAUCGAGUUCGGGCAGCGGAUGCUACAGGUGGCUUCGCAAGCCUCCCGAGGUGAAGCCCCCAAUGGAGCCUAUGGGUACUCUUACAUGCCCAGCGGGGCCUAUGUCUAUCCCCCACCAGUCGCCAAUGGAAUGUACCCCUGCCCUCCUGGCUACCCCUACCCACCGCCCCCACCUGAGUUUUAUCCGGGACCCCCCAUGAUGGAUGGGGCUAUGGGAUAUGUGCAGCCCCCGCCGCCGCCCUAUCCUGGGCCCAUGGAGCCUCCAGUCAGCGGGCCUGAUGUCCCCUCCACUCCUGCAGCCGAAGCCAAGGCCGCGGAAGCAGCUGCCAGCGCCUACUACAACCCGGGCAACCCUCACAAUGUGUACAUGCCCACGAACCAGCCGCCGCCGCCUCCCUACUACCCCCCGGAAGAUAAGAAGACCCAGUAGGCCCUUCUCGUCCCUUCCUCCCUGCUCCCAUUGCUCUUUCAUUCCCCUCCCCUGGGGCGAGUCUGGGGCUGGCGGGGCGGGAGAGCUUGUUCUUCUCCAGGUGUGAUGAUAAAGCACUGACAGGAACUAGUGUGAGGGGAACUGGGGCCCCUGCGCUCGGGGCCCCCCACCCCGCCUCCCACCCUAGCGCGGAGCCCAGGCGCUGCUCAGCGCACUUCCCUCUCACCCUCUCCGGGGCGCUCAGGAGCGGGGGGUGUCCCCUCUUCUGUGCUGCUCCCGGAGCUCUGCCCAUGGCGGGACUCUCUGGCCACCUCCUCGUCUGCCGUCCAGCGCCCUCCUUUGGUAGCCACUUUCUACUCCAGCCGGGCCGCUCACAUUCCCCGCGCCGGUCCGCUCGGGCCCCGCCCCAUCCCAGGUCUUGCCCUGGUCACUCUCGUCCCUGCGGGGGGACCUUGGCGCUGUAAUGGGAGCUGGCAGGGCUGGGUGACUUCAGAGCAGGCCACUCUGCUUCCCUCUGCUGUUUCUGGAGCUCGUCUCCCUCCUCUCGUCGCUGCCCUCUGGAAGGGACUUCUCGGACCAGAAGUGGAGCGUGCAUGUCUGUCCCUUCACGCCACUUGGGGGCUGCUGGGUGGGCGGGAACCGGGCCCCACGUCCCUGGGGUCCUGGCCAGGCCUGUGAGCCGACCGUGAUCUCUCCCCUGCCCUCGGCCCCCCUUUCAGCGUCACGCCUGGUCGGUGACGUGCCCUCGGAUGCGCUCACAUUUGCUCUCAUUUGCUCCUGGACUGGCUGUGAAGCGAGGAGAUGGUUAUUUAAAGAGAAUUCCCUAUUUAUUUGACAAAAAAAAAAUUCCAGUUAAUAUAUUAAUGUGAAAUAAACCUCGUUUGCACCUUGAUUUGUUUGCUGAAAAUGUGAAGUAGUAAAAACGAAGUACCUGGACCCUGCAUGACUCUGUGUGCUGAC